GCAAGGAGAGCAGGAACCUUUGCUCUCAGCCAGAGAACCACUCAAGGAAGGAUUGCAAGGCAGGAACCGUGUCCAGGCAUGACAGGCUUCUCUUUGCUCAGUGUUCUCUGCACUUUGCCUGCUCAGCAUGAGUGCAUUUCAGUGCACAUGGGGCAGGCCGGUGUGCAAAUUGGCAAUGCCUGCUGGGAGCUCUACUGCUUGGAACAUGAGAUCCAACCAGAUGGACAGAUGCCUAGUGACAAGACCAUUGGUGGAGGGGAUGACUCCUUCAACACCUUCUCUAGUGAAACCGGGGCCGGGAAGCAUGUGCCCCGGGCUGUGAUUGUGGACCUGGAGCCCACUGUGACCGAUGAGGUUAGGACGGGUACGUACCGCCAGCUCUUCCAUCCAGAGCAGCUCAUCAAUGGCAAGGAAGACGCUGCCAAUAACUAUGCCCGAGGUCACUACACCAUCGUAAAGGAGCUCAUCGACCUGAUACUGGAUCGAAUUCGGAACCUGGCCAACCAGUGCACAGGACUCCAAGGAUUCCUCAUCUUCCACAGCUUCGGAGGGGGCACCGGCUCGGGCUUUACCUCACUCCUGAUGGAGCGGCUCUCUGUUGACUACGGCAAGAAAUCCAAGCUGGAGUUCUCCAUCUACCCCGCCCCGCAGGUGUCCACAGCUGUGGUGGAGCCCUACAACUCCAUCCUGACCACCCACACCACCCUGGAGCACUCGGACUGUGCCUUCAUGGUGGACAAUGAGGCCAUCUAUGACAUCUGCUGCCGCUUCCUGGACAUCGAGCGCCCCACCUACACCAACCUCAACCGGCUCAUCAGCCAGAUCGUGUCCUCCAUCAUGGCCUCCCUGCGCUUCGACGGGGCCCUCAACGUGGACCUGACUGAGUUCCAGACCAACCUGGUGCCCUACCUCGCAUCCACUUCCCCCUGGCCACCUACGCGCCGGUCAUCUCAGCGGAGAAGGCCUACCACGAGCAGCUGUCGGUGGCAGAGAUCACCAACGCCUGCUUCGAGCCUGCCAACCAGAUGGUGAAGUGUGACCCCCGUCACGGCAAGUACAUGGCCUGCUGCCUGCUGUACCGGGGCGACGUGGUGCCCAAGGAAGUCAACGCCGCCAUCGCCGCCAUCAAGACCAAGCGCAGUAUUCAGUUUGUGGACUGGUGCCCCACGGGCUUCAAG